UCCCGUGUGUUUUUACAAUGGUUUAUCACCGAUUCAAUGUCGACGAAGAACCCCCAAAAGACCCGAACUCAAGUUAUCGCCGUCUUUUUAAAAAUGUUUCAGGUCAAAGAGCAAUGGGCCUGUUUGGACAGUUUCUGCAGCUUCUGUGGAAAAAUGUCAUUCUUCGAAAAAGACAAAAGCAUGUGUUAUUAUUAGAAGUAGUAUGGCCAGUUUUCAUAUUCCUGGUCUUUAUCAUCAUUCGCCAAGGGACACCACCCGUGAAAAAAGAAACAUGUUCCUACAACGAGCACGCGUUGCCGAGCGCUGGACUUGUGCCGUUUUUACAGUCUACUGUGUGCAACCUACAGAAUCCGUGCGAGGCCCGCAGUAGGAUAGAGAUAAAGCAACAAAGCAUGAACAGUUUUGCUGCAGCCAUACAGGAUAUGUCCCCCCACUUCUCUAACGAGCCCACCCUGCAGGCCCUGAGGUCAGUGAAGACGGGAGUCAAGCUUGCUAACGUCAUCAACUCCAUCUCACGGAACGGCUCGCUGUCCAGUGUCAUGAACGAUACAAACUUUGUGGUGAGGAACUUUUUCAGGGACCCUGACAAAAUGAAGGACACCCUAGUUAACCAGCUCAAUGUGAUGUCAGAUGACAUAGCAGACGCCUUACUAAAUGCCAAUCUCAACAUUCCACAGGUACUACACAACAUCGGAUCCAUUGAUUUCAGAGGCAUUGUUUGUGACCAAGACAGGCUAAGGGAAUACAUGAUGUUUCGGCUUGGCGUCAACGUGACGUCGGUUUCUACGUCACUUUGUGGAAUUCCAGAGAGCAAGAUUCCAGAAAUCACCAACGUUGUCCAGAAUCAGAUAGAUAUAGCGGCCAUCAUUCGCGUGUCGAAAACACUGACUACUUUGACUAUGGACUACACUUUGACUGACGCCAUGGAGGACCUAGCGUCAAUGGCAGAUCUCCUGUAUGGGACCUCAAACUUUAUGAACAUUAUCCGGGACCUUCCAGACCUUAAGGACCUUCCGAGUCUACUACACAAGAUUCCAGGGCUGGUUGAUUCCAUAACCCACCUUGGGUUCACUGAUCUUUCUUGGAUGUCUGAUUUAGUCAAGUUUUUGGAUCCAAUCGUUGAGAAAAUAGACUCGGGCAAUGUUGGUUGGAAUGUCACCAAAGAUUUAGUCAGUGUCGCAUUGGAUGUCUCCAACAUGGCAAGCGGAAAGUCCAGCUUCAACUUGACUGAGCUUGUUGAAAAACAAAAGGAUAUAAUGGCACUGCUGACGGCUAAUAACAUUUCUUUAGACAUGCUGUCCAUGGUCUCUACCGUAUCCAUUGACAACGCCGUAAACGUCAUUUCCUCUCUCUUUAGCGGAAAUAUCACAGCCCUAAAUGAAACAACUAUUCUCCGUGGUAUGAACGAGAUUCAGCAUUUGACCGAGAUGGUACUGGGCAACAGCAGUCAGUUCGUCUUGGACUCAAUAGAUGGUACAAUGGACGUUGUUAUAACAGUCCUUGACGCCAUGAGAGAUUUAGAGAAAAACUUGAAUUCAACCGUCGUGUACAAUCAAGAUGUUUUGGAUGCCUUCACUUCACUGGUUGAACAUGGACCAAACGUGACAAAGUCUGUGGUCAUGGCAUUCAUAGAGCCUGCAAAUCUACUGGCAAUCAUCAACAACACUUCUGACUACCCUACCGUGUGUAAGAGGAUCGUGGAGAUGAGUAUGCCAGACGGUAACCAUGGUCUCCACGCAGAAAUUGCAAAACUGGAGAAAAGUCUCUGUACUCACCAAAUCGCCAAGAAUCUGGAAGCAAGCAUGAAGAUCUGGGAGGAUGUAUUCGCAAAGCAGAUUCAACCAAUGAUAGACGACCUCGUGAACGGUACGGUCCGACGCGUGGAGCUGGCUACGGUUUACCAGAAGGCCACCACGGUGAUUAUGGGGGUACAGCAGCUGUAUGGGAGCGGCAGUGUGUGGGAGGCAAUGGUUGGGAGGAUGAGUUUUCCCGUCAUUGAUCCAAGGACUGAGGAAUGGCAAGCGUUCUUCAAAGACACGCAACUGUAUCUUGUACAAGGAAGUUGGCCUGUGGUGGUCGUGAAGACUGGUCAGUUUCUUGAGGGUUCCCCUAUGUGGUACUCAGUCGGUCCCAUCGUCAAGUCAAUGAGCGCUGUCAUGCAGAGUCAACUAGAACAGAAUAGGAAACUCGAAGAGCUAACAGGUAACAAUUCUACGAUGAUGACAAUGAUGCGGUUUGUGGUGAACUAUUCUCCGGAGAUUGCCGAAGCCACCAUGAACAUGAUGCAGAAUACAACCAUGGUUCAAAGAUACAUAUCGCAAGGGUUUACGAUGGAUUCUUUCUGCGACAAUCACUGGUUCCAAGAGAUGAACAUGCCAGAUUACGUACCCGUGGUAACCAUGGAGACAAUGAUAUGCUCCACCAAUUGGACAGCGAUGGUGACCAAAGUCGUGUCCGCGGUGGAUACAACUAAUGUGGCAAACGAGAUCUCAACGUACAUGAGCCAUAGUGACCCCAACACAGACUUUGACUGGGCACAAAUGGUGUACAACAUACAGGGCAUGGUGACAAUGGAGCAGAAUUCAGUGACGAACAUGAUUGAAUCCAUUCAGUCUUUCAAUUUUAGCCGUGUUGUUGAAGCAGUAGAGGUGAUGAUGAACAAGAUGAAGGCACCAAUUAUGCCCCCAACAGAUCAGACAUCCAACAUCAUGAAUACGCUGAAUAUUAUGAAUAUGAACAUGAUGAAUGUGGGAGCUAGUCUUGUCCCUACUCUAGAACAGUUGGAUAAACAGCUAGAGAAUGUGACGGAAUGGAGGAUAGCUAGGUAUUACGUCAAGCAGUGGGCCAGCCUUAUCAAGCUUGGGACGGAAUUCCUGGAGGGUUCUACAAUGGAUAUAGAUAAAGUGCUGAGUGAUUUGUCCCCCACCUUUGCUGACUUCCUGAAAACAGUCAACAGCUCUGCUCCGGCUCUCUUCUCUGCUCUGGAAAAAAUCACACCCAAUCCUAGCAUGUUAUUGAACAAGAUAUUGACAACAGACUUAGCCCAGGUGUGUCGUGGUGUGAGGGUUUCUGACCUCUUGGACAGUCCUGCUCUGGCUCCCUAUGAAGAUCACCUGUGUCAGGUGGACUGGUCCCAGGUGUUCAGAGAGGUGCUCAAUAACACAGGCCUAGCAGCAAUCGUUAAUUUUGAUAUGGACUCUGCCUUGCAUUCUGAAGUGAAUAUUAACUGGAAUGAGACCUACUAUCAGACAGAGAAGUUUUUCAUGGAAAUUGGGAACUUGUUGUUUAAUUCUUCCAAAUUAAUUUCAUCUUUGGAGAAGUUCUUCCACUCAGACUAUGGCAUGACCUGGGAUAGCUUCAUGCAUUUUGUCAAUGCAACACAGCACAUGGACUUUUCUAAACUGACAGAACUAGCCGGACAAGCACCUGCUGUAAUAGAGAUGUUGAGUAAACUGAGUGGGAAUUCCUCUGAGUUGUCUUCCUUCCUCAGCAUGGAGCCCCAGCUGCUGUACCAGUCUUACUCUGUGCAGCAGUUUAUCAUCAAUCAACUCCAGCACUUCAAUGACUCCACACACAUAACCUUGACCACAUAUUUUAACUCACCAGAGCUGGAGAGGCUUAUCAACCAACUCUCCGAUUCUCCUGCCAUGAGUGGUGUUCUCUACCGCAUCAUGGUCAAUGUGAUGUUUGAUCCCUCAAAGAUGACAGACCUGACCAAGUCGGUUGAAAAGUUUUGUACAGUUCCGGAUUUUCUGACUCCGUUUGUCUCGUCUGGUGAUGUCCAAUCAGCAGACAGGUUACGAAACUAUAUAUGUGACACUACAAACAUGAAUGUUACUGUCCUAUUACAUGAGCUCUCUCAGAUGAACGGAUUCCCUCAAUUAAUGGAGGCAUUGCAACAGACGGGUGGCUUUCCUUCGGUCAACAUGAGUGUGGUGGUGGAGCAGUCCCAGCUGAUGUCUCGACUGAUCACGGACAUUAUCACCCACCCUCCCUCCAUCAGUCUGAGUGACAACAACGCCUGGUUAAACGGGUCGCUGUACACCCAGGAGUUUACAGACUUCCUACAGAGACUGACCGACAAAACCACAUCCACCGACAUACUCCAAAAUGGACAGUUAGCUGAAUUGGCCAAUCAAAUCCCAGUUAUUCUGGACAUGAUCAAUAAGAUGAGUGGCAAUUCCUCAGCACUUUCAGCAGUAAUCUCCAUGGAAGCACAGCUAGCCUACCAGACCUAUACUAUCCAACAGUUCAUCAUCAAACAACUGCAACUCUUCAAUGACUCCACACACAUCACACUAGCCACAUACUUUAACUCCCCUGAGCUGACCCGACUGUUGAAUCAGAUUUCGGAUUCACCAGAAAUGAGCGGAGUCUUGUUCCGAACGUUGGUCAACAUCAUGUAUGAUCCCCAGAAGACACAAACACUGACAAACAGUGCCAUGCGCUUCUGUACAGACCCGGGUGUGUUGACACCUGUGGUGGAUCCCAGUGACAUACAGGGAGCAGAGAAGCUUCGUAACUAUGUUUGUGACACUGUAAACAUGAACAUCACGGUUCUUCUGCAUCAGUUAUCAGAGUCCAACGGCAUCCGACAGCUGAUGGAGGAUCUACAGAAGACGGGUGGCUUUCCGUCGGUCAACAUGAGUGUGGUGGUGGAGCAGUCCCAGCUGAUGUCUCGACUGAUCACGGACAUCAUUACCCACCCUCCCUCCAUCAGUCUGAGUGACAAUAACGCCUGGUUAAACGGGUCACUGUACACCCAGGAGUUUACAGACUUCCUACAGAGACUGACCGACAAAACCACAUCCACAGACAUACUCCAGAGCCUGAUGACAGCGGCCUAUCAGAAGCCUAUCCUGGACUCGCUGACGUCCGCCCUGUCCAAUGUGACAGAGUUCCAGACCACUGUACAGGUCACAGACUGGAUCCUGGCCGAACUCAAGGAACAGGUGCUGGCUGGAAACCCCGAUGCAAUGAAGAACAUAAUGGCAGAGUUUGCAGGUUACCCCCAGAUGGAGCUGCUGCUGAAUCUUCUGGACCAACUGCCCCACUUCUACCAAACACUGCUCUACAAUAUCGUCCAUCACCUGGAAAAGGUUCCCUCUAUGAUUAUUUCAAUGACGGAGAGCUGGUCUGGGUUCUGUAACCAGACAGAGACAAUGAUGUAUAAGGAUCCCUCUCUCACAUUCAGUCCCAAAACCUUCCUCAAAGAACUGUGUCAGUUGGAUUUCACAGAAAUGACAAAUGAAGUGAUGAGAUAUCAGGUUUCCGAUAAGACAGCUGCCUCCUCUCUGAACGUCAGUGCAGGCUUGGAAGAUAUUAUACAGAAGAUAGAAGACAUUGUUAAAAUGAUCAAUUCCUCUGAUGUCGAGAACCUGCCCAAGUUCAUGCAGCUGGAGGUCUGGAACAAAGCCUCCUUCUCCUUUGUCAAAUCACUGACCGACCCGAACAUGAUCAGUGUUUGGAUUGGGGGUGUGGUAGGAGGUGUGGCCAGUCUCCCUUCCUCUGCCCAGGUCAGUAAACAGCUGCUGCAGGUCUUUGAUGCCUCCUUCACUAUCAUUAAAGCUGUGUGGUCCAGAUUCAGCGGCCUCAAAAAUGACACAAUGCUUGAUUUGUUUGAACUCCUGAGAGGAGCAAACAACACUCGCAGAUUGUGGGAACUAGUACAGCAACCGGGAGCCAUUGAAGUACUCAUGCACUCUGCAAACACACCACAGUUCAAUGUCCUGGUUCAGAAGAACAUGACAGAGGCAGUGCUGGACCUUUGUGAUCAGUCACGGGGAAUGUUUACAAGGAUUUUCUCCGCCCCCGCGGGCGUGACCGUUGACCUGACAGACCUACAGACCAGACUUUGUACUGUCAACUUCACCCAGACACCCACAGAGUGGGAGAAAGUCAUUGACUUCAACACUGUACAACUAAAGCUGGAUCCAAGUUACGAGCCGUCUGUGAACUGGACAGAGGUAACAGUGUUCUUUACAGAUAUGACCCGCAUGGUCUCUGAGUGGGUGGUCCACCCCCCAGCAGUGACCGGGUACCCCACUCGCUGGUCCAAUGAGUCCUAUUGGCUCCACCUGUUCAUGCAGCAGCCUGUCUCCUCAGGAUCACUGACCAACAUCACAGCUCAGUUGAAAAAUAUUCUGGAUUCCAUGUCCCCAUUCCUAAAUCAGGAGCCAAUCAGAACUUAUGGCCUGUUCCUUGAAAAACUGCUAAACGUGACCAAUCGCGAACUGGAUAUGAUGGCGGGCAGGAACUUCUCCAAUCUGCAGGAUCUUGUACACUAUGUCCCAGCUUUGGAGAGGUUAAUGAUGGCUCUCAAUCUGAGUGAGGCAACCGCGGAACAGUUGAUGUUGGCUCCAAUCAAGAAUCCAUCGGAACUUGUCAGAAUGAUGACCAGUGACCAACCGCUGACCGUGCUGUGUUCGACAGAGUUCUGGGACAGACUGGUCACAUGGACCAGCAGUGUCAGCCCCGUGUCCUCCACACUGUGUCAUCUAAAUGACUCUGAUGUAAUCAACGUUAUCAUAGAUUCUCUAAGAGUCUCGGACCUGACUGCAAUACUGAAGAAUGAAACUGCAAAUGAGACGCCAAACUGGAUGAACAUUGUCGGUGAAGUCAUGCACAUGGUACAAUCCAUUGAGAGACUUGUCAACAAUUCCAGCUCUCACUUAGAUGUAGGCAAUGCUUUUAACAAUGUGAUAAAAGCUUACACUACACAGAACAGUACUGAUGAUUUCACUGCUCUGUUCAAACUGUACGGAGAGCUGGCGAUGAUGUUCAACAAUACAGAGGCCUGGCAGAAGAUCAACGAGUUCCUACAGACUGGAGAACUACUGAUGACCUCAGCAAUCAGGUUCAUUGACCAUAUGGUCAUGCUUGACCCAAAUGACAUCAAAGGAAUGAUAUUUGGCUUUAUGAAACCAACAAAUAAGAUUUCAGAGCUCUUUAUGGAGGGUGUGAGUUUACAGGACAUAUACAACCUCACAUGUAAUGCUACAGCUUGGAGAGAGCUGUUCUGGUUCCCUCCCACCACCAAUGUCACUGCACUGACCAGUCUCAUUUGCACCCUGAAUGAAAAAGAGGCUGAACAGUUCAUGGCUACACUGAUGAUGAGAAAUCAGACUCUUCCUGUUGUUGACAUCAAGCAUUUCCUGGAUACAGUGGAGCAGCUCAACAACAAAUUUGCCCUCUACCUGAAUAAAUCAAGCACAAACUUUGGCAUCAAUAUGACAGAGUUCCAGAAACAGCUGGAAAUGGAAGUCGCAAAUCUCCCCAACACUGCCAACCCUCUAAUGAUGUCUAGCUUGGACGGAUACUUUACUGCAAUGAACUCCUCGGACUGGAGAGAAGUGGUAGCUGUGGUCAAUGGAAUGUCACUGUGGCUCAAGAUGUUGGGAGCCAAAAUGGAGAAUAUUGCCACUCAGCCCCUGAGUCUGGCUGUGAUCCUGGGAGGAGCCAGCACAGACCCAGCUGUCGAGUUUAUCCUGAGUAAUGAGUUUCUGGACAGUAUCGGAGACCUCAAGGUGGACCCUGCCAAGUUGUCCUCGGCGCUCCAGAAUUUGACGGCCUCAGGCCAUGUGUGUGAGGCCAUCCUCCAAUCUCUGUCCUCCCCGGCCACUGAAACUACACUGAAGGAACUCCAGGGUCGACUCUGUAGCAUCAACCAGUCGUCUCUACUGGAGGCCGCCAUGACAGGAUUCCUAGCCAACCAUCAAUUUGCAAAACAAUUACAAGCGGUGGUCAGCGAGUCAAUGAGUGGACAGGCCGCCCUCAACAUGACUGCAUACAACCAGGCGGCCAUGGAAUUCAACAGAGCCCUGACAAUGCUGGUCUCCAGGAACUGGAUGGGAACCAGUCUAGACGACAUCUUCAACGUCUCGGCCCUGCUCAACUCAAUACACAGGCUGGAAACCUCCUUCCAGAGCGAGAUGAGCCAAAACCUGCUCAAAAUGGCACCAGUCUUGUUGCAGUCUACCCUUGGUGCUAUUCCAGAUCCAUCAGUUGCCAAAGUUAUAAUGACUGUCAACACGUUUCUUGAGUUAGCUAACGACAAACUGCGAUAUUUGAAAGGAUCCCUGGGAGUAAACAAUGUGUUCCAGAACUCUUCUGCCCUAAUAAAUUACUUCAAUGCAGUACAGAGCUUGACACAGAAUGGAAUUCAGGAAAUUCAGAAGAUGAAUUUUACGAAGCUGAUUGACUCCUUGAUGAAUGUGGGCUCCAUAGAGAACUACUGUAAACAUGGGACCAUCAGCCAGUACUUUGAGCUGGCCCCCAACUCCCCCUGGGUGCCCCUUCUCUGUGCCAACUAUGGAGGCCUUCUGAGUUCUCUAGACAAUCUCACCGAUUCCACUCGCAUCUCAAAUCAAUUGAUGGAGAUCUGGAACUCCAGCCAUGCAGCCGUGGACUGGAGUGAGUUCAGUCGGAACAUGGAGACCUUCAGUUCCCUGAUGACGGGGCUGGUGGAGACACCCCCCUCCUUCUCCCUGACCGCCCUACUGGACACCAACUACACCAUCAACAUCAUCUCAGAGUACAUCCAAAACCCACAGAGAAUCAUCGAGUUCAUGCUGCAGACCAGUUUGACAGACCGACUCCCUCCCAUCCCUUACACCUUCAGAGGAAUGUUCAAUGUGCUCACAGAGAUGCUCAAAUUCUUAGAUGACACCCAGAAUGUAAAUGGUCUGGCAGACAUCUUCAGCACUUGGUCAUCACUGAAUACAAGAUAUGAACUGGCCAAUAGUCGCUUCAAUAAGCUUGUCAUCUUGCUGGAAGAUCCUCAGAAGAUGGUGGAGUUCUCAUCAGUUUUCUGUAGCCUAGGAAUAUUACCUGAACUUCAGAGAUACUUUCAGAUAAAUGCUCAGGUUGUAUCGGAACUUGUCUGUUCAAUGUCUCCCAACAGCUGGUACAAUGAACUCCCAAAAUAUGCCCUUCCUCGUGAUGUCUUCACCAAUUAUCUGUUGGCCAUAUACAAAACCCAAACUGGAGUGGAUCUGGUCGCUGACCCUGAACCAGUACCAUGGAGUGAUCUACUGAAGGAGAUCCAAUAUGUGCUGACGGCUAUAACAUCUACCAAUAACACCCGAGACUGGCAAAUGUUCCUCCAGAAACAAACCUCUCUAAAUGAUGGCGUUAAACAAGUUAUGGACUGGAUGAGGUUCUUUGAACAGGAGCUUCACGUCAAUAUUGGCGAAUUCUUUAAUGUUGUUUACCCCAUCAGUAAACUAUUCAAUCAGUUUAUGGAGCGAAUCAAAGGUUUUGGUCAUGAAGUACCUGUCUCGGCAUUCCUACCUGACAGUGCAACUCUGGCCAAAUUGUUAAAUGAUGAAGUGAAGCACUCCUCUGCAGCAAUCUUUGUCACAGCCUCCAUGGAUCCACAGAAGUUUGUGGCGCUCAUGAUAAGAGACAACUGGAAUGACACCAUGUGUGACCUGACACAGUUCUUGGCCACUUUCACUUUCCCUGCUGAGACAGAUGUAGAGAAGAUACAGUCAGAUCUCUGUCGAGACCUGGAGGAGCCCACGUCCCUGAUUAACAAGCUCUUACAGGACAUGAACCUAAAGGACCUCAGCAAGAUCUUCAACUACCAGUGGCGAGGUGAUUGGCAGACCGUACAGACUUCUGUAGCGACAUUGCUAGACAACAUCAUGUACCUCCAGAAAAUCAACGUCACCAACGACCUGUCAUCCUGGGUUGGCCCUGUAAUGGAGGUGUUCAACGCUAACUUCAUGUCUGAGCUUGAUUUUGAGACCUCUUGCAAUCACCUUGUGAUGUAUGCCAAUAACUCCACGUAUUAUAGUAAGGCAGUAGAACCAGUCCUUCUCUCCAUUAAAACCAGCCUGCUGUCCUCUAAGAUACAGUUACAGCUACAACUAGAUAUGGAAGACUUUUUAUGUGAUGUCACCAAUUUAAAUAUGUCUUCCAUGCUUCAUAAUUUGGAGUCAAAGAAUAUUUCACAGCAGAUUCAAGAGUAUAUCCAACUGAUGACCAAUCAGAACCAGCCGUCCAGGUUUGAAUGCCGCUCCCUGUUCUCUACGAUGAAGGAUAUGGUCGAGUUGUACCAGAAGAUGAUAAACCAGACCUACCUCCCGGGCUCCAAGACGAUGCAAUGUCUGGAACAGAUCCCAACCAUUCCAUCCAAAAUGUUCUCGGGGGAUGUUUUUGAGUCCAUUAAGUCUGUGUCUCGUCUAAUGGUGGAUGGUAUGCAGGUGUUCAAUCAACCAUUCAUGCAGAACAACGAGGUCCUUAAUAUGAUUAUGUCAGUGUUCAAGAAACUGUCCACAGAGGAUCUCACCUCAGCAGGUGUCCUGGUUUCCAAUCUAAUGAGUGCAAACUCCAGCAUAGCUGAGAAACUACAAGACAUUCUCAAGCUGGCACCAGAGGCAUCGUCAGUGUUCCUCAAUGCUACCAUUAAGCCAGAGUUUAUGAGUCUGUUAGCCAAUGACUCUGCCGAGGCGGCCAAGAUUCUAUGUGACCCAGAAAGGUUAAAGAAUUACAUUGAGCUGCCGGCUGACCUUAUGACCUCUGUACAGAACGUGUCCUCAGUGCUGUGCGGGACUGAUCCCGGACAAGCUGCAAACACUGCUAAAAUCAUCGGUGACCUGUUGGCGGUCACAGCCACUGUUAUUGAUACCAAGGACUUUGGGAGUGCUGCCUGGUGGAACCACAUCGCGGGAGAUGUCUCUAACAUUGUGGGUAUGAUCCAGAAGUUGGGGCUAUUUAACUUGACCUCCAUUGACCUGAACAAUGUGGACAUGAAGACUGUACUGCCCUAUAUACAGGAGCUGAUCUACAGGAAUGGACCAGACGCUCUCGCUGACAGUUUGGUUGAGCUGCUAAAUGAUUUCAAGCCAUUGUUGAAUGAUUCUAACAUGGUCAGUGUGGCCUCUGACCUUGAGGUCAUCAUCAGAGGACUGACCUCUUUCAAGGCCAUUAGGAAUUUCAUACCAAGGACAGUUUUGAUAAGGACUGUAUUAAAAGAUCCAGCUGGAUUCCAUGACUACCUGACCCAGAAUCUGACCAUGACGGACAAUGAAGCAACCGCCAUAAUUGAAGGAACCAUCAACUAUGCCUCGUUGAUGAGUCUGAAGGUAGACGACGUCAGCAGCCAUGUGUGUAAUGUGACUCGCCUUGACCUUCUGUUGAACUUGACCUCCACCAAGGUCAGCAUCUCUGACCUCAGUAAGAGUCUAUGUGGUAUUGGAGAGGACAAAGCUGUUGCAAUGGUGGAGAGUAUGCUGCAGAAUAUGGAUCUUGGGAAACUAGUGCAAGAGUAUGUCAGGAUGUCAUCAGGAAACCUUCUGGAGCAGGCUCAGUUGACCCCGUCUGAAGUCCAGGAUGCAGUGAAGUACAUGAACGAUGGCAGCAGUCAGCUGAGCAGCCUGGCGGACAUGUUCAGCAACAGAUCUAGUCAGCUUGGCUUUGACUCGGGCAGCUUCCAGGCUUUACAUGGUUCAGGAACCUCCUCCAUGUCCUCCCUCUAUGACAUGAUCUGUGGGGUGGGGAAGAGUACCACUCAGGACUCCACCGGUGUGGCCUCUGCCUCCUCCCAGACCCCUGGCUCUUCCCUCACCCCAGAGCAGAAGGCAGAGAAAAAGACCAUGCCAAGUCCCUUCUGCCAGGACAUGUAUCAGACUGUGGUACAGAUGACCAAUGGCCCGGUGAUCUGGGCCUAUCUGAAGCCCCUCAUUAUGGGCAAGAUCCUGUACUCCCCCGACACCCCCGCCACCCGCAUGCUGAUCCAAAAGAUGUACAACAGCAGUUUUAAGGUCUUAGAGGAGGUGAAAAUUCUAGCUGAGGAGUGGUCCAAUGGCACACAAGAUCUAGGCGAAUUCCUGUCCAACUCUGAUGUCCUCAGCAACAUCAAGGGUCUGGCUGGUAACAACUUCAUCAACAAUCUACUGGAGUCCUCGCUACAAGUCUCCUCGACCGAUGUGUUGAAUGGGAUGUACAAGCUGGACUCCCUCGACAGUAACCAGGUCCUCAACAUCUCAGCCUUCUUUAGACUCCUGGCUAACUACACCCAGUGUAUCACCACCGACCGAUUCAUGGCGCAGUCAUCAGAACACGACAUGGAGAGACUGGCCCUGAAGCUCUACCAAAACAAUACCUAUCUAGCUGGUAUUGCUUUUGAUAUGGACCCAAGCAAGAGACAAAAAAGGCAAACUUCAAAUUCCAUUCCCAAACAUAUCACCUAUAAAAUCAAGAUGGACAUUGAGAAUGUUGAAAGCACCAGAAGAAUCAAAGAAAGGUUUUGGCGGCCUAACCCAGAGGAUGACAUGUUCUUACACAUGAGAUAUUUCCGAGGGUUUAUCCAGCUACAGGAUAUCCUGGACCGUGCCAUUAUUUAUCUCCAGACCGGACAGGACAUCAACAACACGGUCUUCUUACAGCAGUUCCCCACCCCAUGCUAUGUUGAUGACCAGUAUAUGGAGCUCCUGAGUUCCUACCUGCUGCCCAUUAUGAUGACUAUAGCCUGGCUGGCUGCCAUAUCAGUGGCCACUAAAAACCUGGUGUAUGACAGAGAAAAUGGCCAAGAGGAGGCACUGAAGAUCAUGGGUCUGAGUUCGACCUUGACAUGGUGGACGUGGUUCCUGAGUACAAUGCUGGUAAUGACGGUGACCUCCCUCAUCUGUCUCCUCCUGCUGAGGCUCGGAGGACUCUUCACCUACUCAGACUUUGGCAUCAUUAUUCUCUACUUUAUGGCAUUCUGCUUCUCCACUACAAUGUUGAGUUACCUGGUGGGGGCCUUCUUCACGCGCACCACCCUGGCCAUCCUGUUUGUGGUCAUCAUCUACCUCCUCUCUUACCUCCCCUACAUCAUCCUCGUCGCCAUGGACGCUCAGAUGGAGUUCUGGCAAAAGAUUCUCACUUGUUUAUCCUCUACCACUGCCUUUGGAUUUGGAUCUCGGUACUUGGCUCGCUAUGAGAUCCAGAUGGUUGGGAUCAGCUGGAAAAACAUCAGAGACAGUCCCAUACAAGGAGAUGAAAUGAGCUUCCAUUGGUGCCUGGUGAUGAUGGCAUUGGAUGGUGUUAUCUAUCUUGUGAUUGGCUGGUACAUUAGAAAUGUCAAACCAGGGAAAUAUGGAGUGCCAGAGCCAUGGUAUUUUCCCCUGUCUCCUUACUACUGGGGAUGUAUGAAGUCUACCACCAAACCAUCAGACAAAUAUCUCUCCAACUCAGACUCAGCUGCUCUGUCAGAGGUGAGCAGUAAAGAUCAGAGAGUAGGCAUGUCCCUGAGACACCUCAGUAAGAAGUUUGGUGACCAUGAAGUGGUCAAGGACAUCAACUGUGACUUCUAUGAAGGUCAGGUCACGGUUCUUCUGGGUCACAACGGGGCUGCCAAGUCCACUACACUGAAUAUGUUGUCUGGCAUUCUUCAGCCGACUCAUGGCAAGGUGUCGAUAUAUGGUCACAGAGUCAGGCACGGCGCCACCAAGAUUGGAAUCUGUCCUCAAUACAAUGCUCUGUUCCACUAUAUGACGGUGAGAGAACACAUGGAGUUUUACUGUGCCGUCAAGUCAGGCUUCUCUAAGAGUAAGAGGAAACAGGAAAUAGACAGUUUGCUCCACGAUGUGGACUUGUGGCAUGUCCAGGACGCGGUGGUCUCCUCACUGUCUGGGGGUAUGCAGCGCCGCCUCUGUGUGGCCCUGGCCUUUGUUGGAGAUUCCAAGGCGGUCAUCUUGGACGAGCCAACCAGUGGGGUAGACCCCAGCGGACGCAGAAGUAUCUGGAACCUCCUUGUCAAACACAAAAUGAGGUGCACCAUUCUUUUGUCGACCCACUUUCUGGACGAGGCAGACACAGUGGGAGACAGGAUUGCGGUCAUGCAUAAAGGUCGUCUCCUCUGUACCGGGUCACCCAUGUUCCUGAAGCAGAAGGUGGGCAGUGGCUACCAUCUCAAGUUUGCCAAAUCACAAGUCUGUGAUACUGGCGCUGUCCUGUCUACAAUUAAGUCAUUCAUACCACAAGCUGACCUCAUUAAUGAGAUCGGGUCAGAGGUCACCGUGUCCUUACCCUUCUCAGAUGGCCAAACAAACCAGUUCUUCAAAUGUCUGCACCACAUUGACAGAGAGGCCACGUCACUGGGAAUCGAUAAUUACGGAAUCUAUGACACCACACUGGAAGAAGUGUUCCACAAAGUGUGUACAGUAGCAGACAAUGAAAAGGUUCUGACGGAGGAAGUCCUAAAGGAAUGUCGGCAGAAACCUAAACUGGAGAAAUCGGAGGAUACAGUCAGUGUGGAGGUCCCCAGCGAUCAGAGUGCUGCCUACUCUGUGGGCUUCUCUGGAGACAAAAGGAAGGGUCUGAUUGGUCACAAAAUGGGCCAGUUUUCUGGAAUGUUGAUCAAGCGGUUCCACCACUACCGCCGAGACUGGCGAAUGUUUCUGUCUGUUUUCGUCCUACCACUGGUGUUUAUGACUGCUAGUCUUGGACUGAUGGAGUUACAGCCCAAAACAGAGAGUGCCCCGGCCAGAAUCCUCACCCCACCCCUCUAUGGACCCUACAGCCACGCCUUCUUCAAAGAUAAAAUCAACAAUGAGAUGACCAGAAACAUGAUCGACUCCAUGAAAGACUUGCCGGGAUUCGGAACAACCUGCAUGAAAGGUGUCAACUAUGGCCCUCCAUUUGAAUGUGUCACCCCGGAUCAGAAAUUCUCCUCAGUAGCAGCUGGACAGAAAUACGACAACUGUACCUGUGUAAACAACAAACACACGUGUAGUCAGCAGACCGUACAUCAGGAAGUUCCACACUUGACAACACGAACGACGACAGAGCUGUACAACCUGGCUAGUAAGGACAUCGAGCUGUACCUACUGCAGACAUCAGAGCGAUUCACAUGGAAUAGAUUUGGUGGCCUUGCCUUUGACCCUGACACUUCUGAUCCUAUGGCAAUGAAAUCCACAGUGUGGUUCAACAACAAAGGCCGACACGCCCUGCCCUCCUUCUACAACGCCCUGUCUAACAGCAUGCUGAGGGCUGCAUUGUCAGAGGCUGGGGUUUCUGACCCAGAAAACUUUGGCAUCACAGCCAUCAACCAACCAGUUCUUCUCCAUGCUCAACAACUAACCAGCGACACUCUGUUGAAGAAGGCAUCCGAUGUAGGAAUUGGACUGUUUAUGUUGAUUGCCUUCUCCUUCAUCCCAGUUGGCUUCACAAUGUACGUCCUGAACGAGCUGCUGAAAAAAGAGAAACAGCUGCAGUUCCUCAGCGGGACUGGUCCCCUCCUGUACUGGUUCACCUCCAUCUUGUGGGAUAUGGUGCUUUACUGUAUCACUGUGGCCUUUACUGUGGUUUUAAUGGCCAUCUUCCAAAACGCAGCCUACUGGGAGAGAUCGAACCUCGAAGCCAGUGUUCUAUUGGUUGUCAUGUAUGGCUGGGCGAGCAUCCCUCUGAUGUACAGUUCACUGAAGCUGUUCAGGGACACCUCCACCGCCUACAUGGUUCUGUUCUGUGGCAGCGUGUUCAUUGGGAUCACCACCGCUAGCUGUAUAUUCCUCCUGGAGUACUUCUCUGAUUCACAGAAAAUGAAACACGCGUUUGAGGUUCUUAGUUACAUCUUCAUGGUGUUCCCACAAUUCAGUUACGUGAACGGGUUCCUGAAAUUGACGGCCAAUCAGCUAAAAACGGACAUCCUUGCCCUAUUCGGACAAGAUGUCUACGCCGAUCCUUUCUCCUUUGAAAUGUUGGGCUGGAACUACAUCGCCAUGGCAAUACAAGGAGCCGUGUUCUUUGCUAUUACUCUGCUGACUGAGUAUGCCUGUCAAUGCAAUAGAAGAAUUCCCCCCUCACUGUACCCCGAGUAUCACAAGGAAGAUGAGGAUGUCAGUGCUGAGCGCGCUCGAGUCACUGAAAACACAACGACUGGAAACUCCGUUACUGUGUCCAACUUAUCCAAGGUGUUCCCCCGUGGGAGACACGAUUUCCUGGCAGUAAACGAGUUGUGCUUCGGAGUCAAAAAAGGAGAGUGUUUUGGACUACUUGGAGUGAAUGGGGCAGGAAAGACCACAACGUUCCGAAUGUUAACAGGAGAUAUCCCGCCGUCCAAAGGAGCAGCCUUCCUGAAAGAUCACAGGAUAGGGUACGGUGAGUCCGGUGUGGGUCAGGAUCUGGGGUACUGCCCCCAGGAUGAGGCCCUGGACCGGUACCUGAGCGGUGAGGAGACACUCCACUUCUACGCCAGAAUGAGAGGACUCCCAGACAGCUACAGGAAAUAUACUGUACAAGACCUGAUCCAGAGGCUGAAGUUGACCCCGUAUGCAGACAAGGCUGUCCACACAUAUAGCGGGGGGAUGAAGAGGAAGCUGUCCGUGGCCAUCUCUCUACUGGGGGAUCCUGACGUCGUGUUCCUGGAUGAGCCUACAACAGGUAUGGACCCAGUGGCCAAGCGGCUGGUGUGGGACUGUUUGACCAGCGCCCUCAGGAAGGGACAGUCAGUAGUGAUGACUUCACACAGUAUGGAGGAAUGUGAUGCCAUAUGUACAAGGUUAGCCAUAAUGGUGAACGGAUCCUUCCAAUGUAUCGGCAAUUCCCAGCACCUGAAGGACAAGUUUGGUGGUGGACACACAGUGACGGUGUUCCAGUGCGGCCUGCCCUCGGACAGACAACAGCUGAUGGCAGUGUUCCAGGGACGGUUCCCAGGCUCAAUAUUCAGGGUGCAGCACCAAGGUGUCCUCGAGGUACAGGUGCCCAGUGACCACACCUCAGUGGCUGACAUCAUCCAAGUCCUCGAGGAGAUGAAGGAUGGAGGGGCCAUUCAGAACUACUCUGUCUCGCAGACCACACUAGAUGAUGUGUUCCUAAGUUUUGCCCGUGAACAAACAGACGGAGUUGGUGUUGAUGGGACGGAAUCUUUUACGGACUUUGCUAGCAGUAGUAGUGAUGACACGCCUCAAAUCAGCCACUCCAUUGCCAAGAGCCAGUUUGCCUACAUGAAUCCUGGCUACUCCGGAGAUAAGGGCGAGAAGGUGGGACAGCUCGCGGCAGUGUUCGUCAAUCCAGACGAUGAAUUCACAUCCUUUUGAUAUGUGGAAUUUUGAACAAGUUUUCUAGAUCAGCAAGAGACCUAUUUUUGUAUUUUAUGUACCGGGGUAUUAGACAUUGAUAUCUACCAUGUUUUAAACAAACCAAAGAGGUCUGUGAUAUCCUUCUGUAUGGUGCUCUGAGCAUUUUAUUAUGCUUAAAAUGUCUUCAUCUUCUUGUGAUAUCCAUAAAUCCUUUUACAGCAUGUUGCUGGGAAACUGGGUAAUUGUGUUUUGACAUUCUGUCUUCCACUUUAAUUGUUAUCAAUUCCAUUUACUUAUUGCAGUUUUAAUAUUAGUUGCAGGUGAAAGGAAUAGAGUUAUGUAAUGAAAUAUUUUUGUGUUUACAUGCAUGUAAAUAUUGUAUAAUCGGAGAUAUUUUAAGAAUUUAAUGAAUUAGUUUUGCCUGUUCCAUGUUUUUCAUAUUUGAAUUUAACUCAUUUCUUGUUCAGUAAAAAUUUAGAGCAUUGUGUACUUAUAAUCUUGCAUCAUGACACUCAGAUGUCUUCUACUUAUACAAUCAGAUCAGAUUUUUUUUUAAUCAAUGCAAACUUGUAUCAGCUCAGAGCCACCAAAGAAAGUCCCUUUUUCUCUCCCAGAUACACAGUAUCAAGACUUGAUAGUUAUUGUGUUAUGUUAACUUAAUAUUUCAUUGUUUUCUCCACCUGUUUUUACCUGUUAUAUUCUGUGCUAACUUUCAUGUAUUAACCAUCAUUCAGUGCUAGGUUGUACUGUAUCCCCACUCUCCCAACAUCCAUAUACAGACAAACCUAUAUAUCCAAAAACCUUUGUAAUUCUUCCACUCUACAUUCCAACCACAGCAAGAAUUCUGGUUUACAGACAUUUUUUGUAUUGAGACUCCCUUUCCAACAAAGUGUCCAACUUAUAUCCUAUAAUGUAGUUCAUUAAUUGUGAUACUACCUAUUCAACAAUAUGUCCAAUGCAAUAAAGAACUCUGUUAACAUCAUUCCAAAACUGGCUUUAUUUAAAGAGGUUUUAUCAGUAUAAGGGUAGUAAUGUUGUUACAGCCAGAAAAAGUUGCUGAUUUUGAGACUACGUGUAUACUGAUGUUAUUUUGUGCAACAAAAAUCAAAAGACAAAUCUAGAUGAUCAAAUCCAGGGGUAGUCUUUUUUUUUUAAUUUACAUUUUAUUUAUUCCUAUCAUAACGUUGUCAAGACAAACCUUUUGCAGGCCUAUGCUGUAUAAUACAAUGCAAGUUUUAUUCAUGUGAUUGUUAUUUUUUUAUCUGAUCACCAGUAAAUCUGUUAUGUGUUUCUCGUUCAACCAUUUCUGUAGUGCCAUGCUUCAUGCACAGGUGCAAGGGAGGGGGUGUAACAAAUAGGACUUCAUACAUGAACCUAUUAUAUAUAUCUUGAUAUCCACUCCCCCUCAAGAUCUCUGUUGAACAUUUUUUUAAAUUUCCUUUCUCUUUGUAUUGAGAAUAUGUUUAUACACCUUACAACCAAUGCAAACAAUUUUGUUGUUGUUAUGAAUGUAUUUUCUGAAAGCUUUGAUCAAUGCAACAUAUUUGUUAAUAUAUAGUGUCAUUAUAUCUAUGUACAUGUAUAUAUCUAUUAAAGCAAUAAAAUAAUUCUGUUGUA